AUGGAUGUGGCAAUGAAGUCAUGGGAGCUCGACAACGACGUCAAGCUCGUCGACCCCACCCGCGAUGCCCUCUUCAAGCUCGACAAGGAGAAGCAGAAGGACAUUGACAACCGCAAGCCCUGGCGCGAGAACCCCAACCACUUCCAGCACGUGCGCAUCAGCGCCGUCGCCCUCAUCAAGAUGGUCAUGCACGCCCGCUCCGGCGGCGAGAUCGAGGUCAUGGGCCUGAUGCAGGGCUACGUCGCCGAGGACACCUUCAUCGUCACCGACGCCUUCGGCCUGCCCGUCGAGGGCACCGAGACCCGCGUCAACGCCCAGGACGACGCCAACGAGUACAUGAUCGAGUACCUGCGCCUCAGCCGCGAGCAGGGCGCCCGCCAGGAGAACGUCGUCGGCUGGUACCACAGCCACCCCGGCUACGGCUGCUGGCUGUCCGGCAUCGACGUCGGCACCCAGGAGCUGCAGCAGAAAUUCCAGGAGCCCUUCUGCGCCGUCGUCAUCGACCCGGACCGCACCAUCAGCGCCGGCCGCGUCGAGAUCGGCGCCUUCAGGACCUACCCCGAGAACUACAAGCCCGAGUCGUCCUCUUCUGCGGGCAACAAGGACGGAUCGAGCACGGGCGGCAGAUCGGUGCCUCUGGCCAAGGCCGAGGACUUUGGCGCCCACGCCAGCCGCUACUACAGCCUCGAGGUGUCGCACUACAAGUCCACCCUGGACACGAGCCUGCUCGAGCUGCUGUGGAACAAGUACUGGGUGCAGACGCUGUCGCAGAGCCCGCUGUUCACGAACCGCGACUACGGCAACAAGCAGAUCCUCGACCUGGGCUCCAAGAUCCGGGAGGCCACGACGGCGCUGCAGCGGCACUCAAAGGGGGGCGGCCAGAUGUUCGUCUCGGGCAAGACGGUCGACACGGAGCUGCAGAAGGUCGCCAGGGACAGCCAGGCCGUAGCCGGCAAGGAGGUCCAGGGCCUCGUGGCCACCGAGGUCAAGGCCAAGAUCUUCAACGGACUUGGUAGUGCUGCUGCGCCGCCCGCGAGCACGUAG